UAAAAUCACUAGAAUGUUAUAUUGAUAUGGGAGCUAUUUCUAAUGGGUUUUUUUGUAUUAGAGAAAAUAAUGUCUUAGAUUUUUUGGGGGGUCCGGCAUUUUAUUUCAAUGUGAUUGACUUGCCAUCUGCAACAACUUCACGAGACCGAUGAACCGAAACGCACGCGCGCUAUUACAAACUGUUGGGAGUUUGAGGUUACCAUGUGUUGGGCUUUUAGGACCAACUACUCACACGUUUUUUUGAUGAGGAAACAUAUUUUAUAAUCUAUAAUUGCUCAACUGAAACCAUUUUAAAGGAGUCUGAGGGAGGCUUGUAUGUGUGUAUGAACACAUUCCUGGGCUUUGGCAGAGAACAUGUGGAGAGACAUUACCGUAAAACCGGACAGAGUGUUUACAUGCUCCUCAAACGGCAUGUCAAAGAGAAAGCCACAGGUGCCGCAGGAGGCGCCAUCUCCAGAAGAAGAAAUGGCAGAGUGUUCCUAGAUUUAGAACUGAACCGUGAUUUUAACGGGGAUGAGUAUGAGUGUGAAGACGAGGCCAAGCUCGUCAUAUUCCCAGACCACUUCGAGAUCCCCUUACCAAAUAUUGAGGAGUUGCCUGCACUGGUGACAAUAGCCUGUGAUGCCGCGCUCAACGCUGCGUCAGCCUACAAAAAGCAGGAGUCUGACUCCUGGGACGAGGAGAUCCAGGUGUCCAAACACGCCAGGAGUCUCCGACAGCAGGACAACGGAGUGAGGAUCCCACCCAGUGGUUGGAAAUGUCAGAAGUGUGAGAUGAGAGAGAACCUGUGGCUGAACCUGACAGAUGGAGCGGUGCUUUGUGGGAAGUGGUUCUUCGACGGUGCUGGAGGAAACGGCCACGCCCUGGACCACUACAAAGACACCAACUUCCCUCUGGCAGUCAAACUGGACAACAUCACCGCAGAUGGAGCAGAUAUAUAUUCAUUUGAUGAAGAAGAAGCAGUCCUGGACCCUCACAUAUCCGAACACUUGCAACACUUUGGAAUAGACAUGCUACAGAUGCAGCAGAAUGGAACAGAAAAUGGCCACCUCAACACAGACAACACAGACAACACAGACAACACAGACAACACAGAGAGCGUUCGGCCUCGGGUCAGCGAGUGGGAGGUGAUCCAGGAGUCGGGCAUGAAGCUGAAGGAGGUGUACGGCUCAGGUUUCACGGGCAUUAAGAACUUGGGUAACAGCUGCUACCUGGGCACCACCAUGCAGGUCCUUUUCAGCAUCCCAGAGUUCCAGAGGGCGUAUGUUGGAAAUCUACAGAGGAUCUAUGACUACUCACCUCUUGACCCCACCACGGAUUUCAGCACACAAAUGGCUAAACUGGGCCACGGACUUCUCUCAGGCCUGUACUCCAAACCACCAAUGAAAUCCGAGCUCAUUGAACAGGUGAUGAGAGAAGAAUACAAGCACCAGUCGAAGGGCAUCUCUCCCAAGAUGUUCAAAGCCAUGGUCAGCAAGGGCCACCCCGAGUUCUCCUCCAACAGACAGCAAGACGCACACGAGUUCUUCCUGCACCUCAUCAACCUGGUCGAGAGAAACAGUGCUGGCUCAGAGAACCCCAGUGAUGUCUUCCGCUACCUGGUGGAGGAGCGUGUGCAGUGCUGCCAGACGCAGAAGGUGUGCUACAACCAGAAGGUGGACUACCUGAUGCAGCUCCCGGCCCCCAUGGAGGCUGCCUCCAACAGAGAGGAGCUGAUAGCGUAUGAGGCCAAGCGAAGAGAGGCAGAGGAGAACAUGAGAGCCCCUCCAGAGCCUGUGAGGGCCCGGAUCCCCUUCACAGCGUGCCUGCAGGCCUUCACAGAGCCAGAGAACGUCCCCGACUUCUGGAGCUCAGCACUGCAGGCCAAGUCAGCUGGAGUCAAGACUUCCCGUUUCGCCUCCUUCCCAGAGUAUCUGGUAGUGCAGAUUAAGAAAUUCACAUUUGGGGUUGACUGGGUUCCAAAGAAAUUAGAUCUGUCCAUAGACGUACCAGACUUCCUGGACCUGUCUCGACUCCGGGGCACAGGGCUGCAGGCAGGAGAGGAAGAGCUCCCUGACCUCACCCCCCCCAUCGUCCUGCCUGAAGACACCAGAGAUGACUCAAUGAACUCCUCAGAUUCCCCAGAUAUAGACGAGUCGGCGGCGAUGCAGCUGGCGGAGAUGGGCUUCCCUCUGGAGGCCUGUCGGAAGGCCGUUUACUACACAGGGAACAUGGGCCCUGAAAUGGCCUUCAACUGGAUCAUAGCCCACAUGGAGGAGCCUGACUUUGCUGAGCCCCUGGCCCUUCCUUCCUUCAUGGAGCCAGGCCCCUCCAUGGCCAGCCUGGGCCUGGCAGCCACCCCCCUGGACAACCAGCCUCCGGAGGAGAGCAUCGCCAUCCUCACAUCCAUGGGCUUCCCCCGCCGCCACACAGUCCAGGCCCUCAAAGCCACGAACAACAACUUGGAGAGGGCUCUGGACUGGAUCUUCACCCACCCGGAGAGGGAGGAGGAGGAGGAGGAGGAGCCUAGUGACGACCUUUUGGACAUGUCUGACAUCAUGGAGCCCAACGACAACACCUUCUCCAACGCAAACACGAACAGCCACUCCACGCUGUCCCCAGACCAGGAUGCCUCGGGCCCCCGGAUCAAAGACGGACCCGGACGUUACGAGCUUUUUGCUUUCAUCAGCCACAUGGGAGCGUCCACUAUGUCUGGUCGUUAUGUAUGUCAUAUCAAGAAGGAAGGAAGAUGGGUGAUCUUCAAUGACCAUAAAGUGUGUUUGUCAGAAAGGCCUCCAAAAGACUUGGGCUACAUCUACUUCUACCGUCGGCUGUCUAGCUGCUAGACCUACCCCCCCCACACUUUACCGUCAGCUGUCUAGCUGCUAGAACCCCUCCACUCAACCCUCCAACCUUAGAGAACCACAGCCUGGAAAACAGAGGACAACCAUGACAUCAGUGGAAAACAUGGAAACACCUCAGACCAGCCAUGAAACAAAGGAAGCCACUCAACUCAUCCAAGUCACUCAAGAGCAACAGGAAAAUGCUUCCAUACUUCAAGUGCAGUCAAAAAAAAAAGGGAAAGCAAAUGUGGAUAUUUUUUGUAUGUCACUGUGAAAAUCGUGCUUUUGUGUAUUGAAACAUGUUAUUUUGUGUUGGUACAGAGGGAUGUGUGCAAUUCUUGUUAUUGGAGUGCUCUACGCCUAUAGUAUUAGCCUAUCAGAUCGUGCUAUUCAUUUUCUAUGCCUUCAGCUAAUGUGCCAGUAUAUUUAUUAAUGAAGUGCUACGUUUUAUAAACGUGGAGCAUGGUCCUGAAGUGGUCACGCAUCACUGCCAGGAACUAAAACUCUCUGAAGCGAAACUCAACAAAAAAAUCACAAUGCUGCUCAAUGCUGCUGGGAGCUUUGCAUGUACAGAUGUAGGAUCUUAAUUUGAACACAGCAGGAAAAUAAUCCUCUAGCAACUGGAAAUGUGGAUUAUAAUUAAUGGACUUUUUUGUAGGGGUUGAUACAUUUUUAUUUAAGACAAAUCAUAUGAUGAAAAAACACAUCAUACUGUGUUUUGACAGUUCUAGAUCUUGAAAGCUUGAUCGCGGAAAUACAAAACAUUUUGGGAAUGUAUCAAAUGUGGCGUAAUGCAACGAAUACUAAAACAGUUUUCUUAGUGAUAUUUUCCUUUAACGUGUGACGCAGGAUGGAAACAUAAUGGCAUUGAAUGCAGAGAAAUGGGCAGCAUAAGCAAGUUUCAGAAUAAGGAAACACAUUUGAAAAAACGCUCUCGUCUAUGAUGAACACUUACACAUGGGAAUCCAUGAAUAUGUAAUAUCCUUAUUGGAGAGUCCGAUGUACGUACUGAUGGUGUCAUAAUAGUCGCUCGCAUAUCUGUCUGGUUUUGACUUGCUGAUGACAUCCUGUUUUUUUCUGCGAUUCAGAGGAGAAACGGUAACAAUUGGACGUAUCAAGUUGAGUCAAGUUCAUUUAAUUUCCCACGAGAACAGAAUGUUGUUUUUAUAUUGAAAUCUGAAAGCACUUUGACAGAUUAUUUUAUAUCCUUGCUUUUCACAGAGAAACAGAGCACUAAGCAUAGCAGCUACCUUGGCUCAAAUACCACAAACUGAUGUAUUCGCUUCUCUUGAAUGUGGUAAAAGCCAUGGGCUGAAUGUGUUUUAUUUUCAGACCAUGUUGCGAUUUACUCGUACUGUAUUCAUACCGUUGUUGCUUCACAUAUAAUUCUUCACAUAAGUGAAACAUGCCUUGGAUUGCCGUUUUCCUCAGAUCAGAUUGGCCACGGUGACUAGCAAUGCAGAAUUUUUAUUUUAUUUUAAUCCUUUAGAUAAAAGGCCCACCCCAGUUUUGCAUAAUAUCUAGAAAUAUUUUGUAUACAGUAUUCUAAGGGGAUCCACUUUGGUUGCUCGCCUAAUUUGAUUACAUUUGUUUGUGGAAGGACAGACAACACACUAACUCAUGAGGUAAACUUUUGCCCGUUAUGGUAGUCCAUAAAUGUUACCUUGUUUUGUAUUCAUAUUCGACACGCCACCAUCUUUUUAAAUGCAGAAUGGUAUGCAUCUGAACACAUCCAACUUGUGUUACGUUAUUAUUAUAGCAAUAUGCACUGGGAUGGAAUCUCAUCUCUUGAGAAUACACCAUGUACUGUAGGUUGUGAUCUACCGCUUGUUUCAGAAUGCGUUCUCGUGCUUUUAUGACGUGGUGCAGUCCUGAAUGUAUUCCUUAUGGUGCUCACUGCAACCAAAACCUAUCUUCAGCUUUAAUGCUCAAAUCUAUCACAUAUCAAAGACCUUACUGACGCAUAGUCACCAACCCUUGUGUAUCUAUUGAUACUGUAUUCAGCAUUUGCUCAAAGACUCUCUGCUCAUGCACCGAGUCACUAGGAUGUCUUCUUCUCCUGAGCCUAUACAGCCACUCUAUCAAAGACAGUUUGUCGACCGGCGUAGUUGUACAAAUAAAGUGUUGCCUACAGUUCAUUACAUAUCGACAAGGUAGUGGAGUGCAAUGUUACAUAUCAAAAACCCUCUCAUAUUUUUUUUUUCUUUCUAAAGAAUAAUUACCUGGGACACUAGCCAAUCAAAGACUACUUACCUGCGGCACUAUCCAAUCAAAUAAUUGUUACCUGGGGUACUAUUCAAUCAAAGAAUACUUACCUGGGGUACUAUUCAAUCAAAAUACUUACCUGGGGAACUAUUCAAUCAAAAUACUUACCUGGGGAACUAUUCAAUCAAAAUAAUUACCUGGGGAUCUAGCCAAUCAAAGAAUACUUACCUGGGGCACUAUUCAAUCAAAAUACUUACCCGGGGAUCUAGCCAAUCAAAGAAUACUUACUUGGGGAACUAGCCAAUCAAAGAAUACUUACCUGGGGCAGGUUUCUUGAAAAAGUCAACAUGAUUUUUUUUUUGCAUUUUAAUACUUCUCAAUUAAAUUAAAGCACUCCACAACACGAAGGGUGAUAUGAAAGAAACUAAAACUGCAUAUAAAGUCAAACAUACUUUCUUGCUGUGCAGGAUGAAUCAUGUUUUUGGACCCACACCAGGAACCCAGAAAAUGGUUUUGAUUUACUAGAGCCUUUGGUUGUGUUUGGGAGAAGAUUACAAUUCCUCCUCAAGAUCUCCCAUCCUUGUCAGACACUCCUUGAUAAUUUGCUGUUGUGUACUUUGCCUGUGCAGUGGGGAUUCUUUAUGGUCUCUAUGUAAGUCUUUGUGUUACUGCAAUCUCCCUUCCACAUGUGAUUGUUUUUCUUAUAGAGAUAGAAUGUAUAGAGUGAAUCCCUCCUCUUUUCCAUGUAGAUUGCCAAGGGUCCUAGUGGCCCUUUGUAUAACCAGGCCUACUUCACUGCCAAAGGUAUUUUUUUAUUUGUUUAUUUUACUAGGAAAGUCAGUUAAGAACAAAUUCUUAUUUUCAAUGAUGGCCUGGGUUAACUGCCUUGUUCAGGGGCAGAAGGACAGAUUCGUCAGCUCGGUCCAACCACUAGGCUACCUGCCUCCCCAUCUGAUUGCUGAGGGAGGGUGUUCUAUGCAUUCUAGUUCUUUACAUUUGUCCUCUACAGGGGCUCCUCCCACCUUGGCACUCAUCCUCUUUUAGGCUGGCAGGGUGACCUCUCACCUUCAUUUACAGUGGAUAGAUUUGUAGGAUUAUGUAGGAUGUCUGGGGCUAGAUUCUAUCAGUUCUGCCUUAACCCGCAAUAACCGACAACUGAAUAGCAGUUUCAUUGUUUUUAUUUAGGCGAUGUCGGAGGUGUAACUACGUUGGCGCUGUCAAAUCUGCAAACGUCUCCCGGCGUUAAACCGAUCGUGGACAUUGCCAUUGGAUGCCAGCAAACGUCUCCCGGCGUUAAACCAAUCGUGGACAUUGGAUGCACCGUGUCGCAUUAGUAAUAAUCCCAUGUAGCCUUUUUACAAGAUUGAAUACUGGAAUGUGUUUUGUAACCUACACCUCAAUUAGGCUGAUAUUAUUCCAUAAUAUGAUUUUAAAUUUGAGUCAUUAUUUCUAUAUAGCCUAGGCUUGCUUUCUCGUUGUGAACUUUAACGCGAAUGGAUGUGGCUUCGUGACAAUGACCACACGAACCGCUUGCUCACCGGUUUGCCAGCUCUGAUACAGUUACACCUCCGACAUGGCCAAAACACCAGCUAUGCAGUGUUCAUCUGAUUUUAAAUCUAGGCCUUCGUCUUCUGCCUUUUUCUCAGCCCUCCAUCAUCUGUCUCUCCCUCUCCACCACUCGCUCUAUCUCCCGAGGUUGUGAAUGGUAACUAACGGUUCACCUUUUGUGUCACAAAACGCCUUCGUACUGUCCGCAUGUGCACUAAAAGUUGACAUUCAGUCAUUUGGAUUGUACAAUUGUAUUUGUGUGUUUUCUAAUGUAAUUUAACUAAAUGGUCAAUGGUACUUCACCUGUUUUUACUCCUUUUUCUUCUUUUUUUUGCCAAUUCUGUAGUUUUCAUUACAUACAGAUUCCCUGAAGGGAUUAUUUAAAGUAGACUUUUGUAAUGUAUGUAUUCAUCCAAAUAUUGUUUGGGAUAUCAGUAUGGAAUAUGUGAAUACAUGGUUAUCACAACAAUAUAUCCGCUGGUACUGUCAAAUAAACUGCGUAUUUCUUGACAUUUUGGA